AUGCCACACCACUAUCACCAGAUUUGUUACGAGGUGAGCCCUCGUUGCCCGGUGUCCGCAACGACCUACGGAUACCGGCCGAACUUGGCUGGUAACAUCAUUCUUCUGGUGGUCUUCAGCAUCUGCACGCUCGCUCAACUCUACCUUGGUAUCCGCCACCGACUGCGAGGCUUCACCAUCGCCGUCACCAUUGGCUGUGCAGGCGAAGCGAUCGGAUAUGGUGGCAGAUUGAUGCUCCACGCAAACCCAUGGAGCUCUAACGGUUUCAAGGUGCAGAUUUGCUGCUUGGUACUCGCGCCCUCAUUCCUGGCUGCGGGAAUCUAUCUGACUUUGAAACACCUGGUCAUCUAUUUCGGGGCUGAAAAGUCUCGCAUCAAGCCGGGCUUAUACACCGCCAUCUUCAUCUCUUGCGAUGCUCUUUCGAUCCUCGUGCAAGCCGCGGGCGGCGGCAUCGCUGCAAGCGAACAAAGCAACUUGGUCAACAUUGGAGACGAUCUGAUUGUGACCGGCAUAGCGAUCCAGGUGGCGACGCAAUUCGUCUGCAUUUGUCUCGCGGGUGACUUUGCCUAUCAGGUCAUCAAGCACCACAGCAAGCGAGCUGUAACCGCGGACGAAGUCGAAGAAGGAAGGCAAUUGCCGAAGAGUUUUCGUUAUUAUGCAGUCUGUUCGAGUGCUGCGUUCUUGUUCAUCUUCAUACGGUGCAUAUACCGCAUUCCGGAAAUGGCCGGCGGUUGGGGUAACGCUCUGAUGCAGAACGAAGUGGAGUUCAUGAUACUUGAUGGAGGGAUGAUCGCCAUUUCCUGCAUUCUACUGACAAUAGCUCAUCCCGGCCUCUAUUUCCCGGCCAUGAGCCUCAAAAACCGACAAGCAUCCGCGAGAGCGAGAAAAGCAGUAGCUGGCGAUGAUGCUGCUGGUCAGAGCGAUGAGAAGGCCAUUUCUUGA